CCCCCGCCGGGCUCCGCUCGCACAGCCGGUUCCUCUUUACAUAACGGCGCGGGGCGGCAUGGGCUCGGGCCACCGCCUCCGCCCGGCCGCCCGCCCGGACUGUCGCGGCCCGCGGUGGAGACGGCGGCCUCAGCAAAGUUUUCCCGGUGGCGGCCCGGAGGCGCAUCCUCCCGCAACUGUCAAGCGCUGGCGGCGGAAAUGAUGAGGCGCUGGCCAUUUUCCGAGCCCGGGUUUCCUGCCUGAGCCCCGCUCGAGCGAGCCGCGAGCCAGGAGCCGGCGCGCGGGAGAGAACGCGCCCGGGGCGGGGGCCCUCCCGCUCCCUCGGGAUUUCGGGGGGCCGGGGGCGCGCGACGCCAUGGGCCGGCCGGGCCCGGACCCCCUCUCUUUCAGCCCGGCCGCUCUACCUUGGUCUCCGCCAUGAACGGGCCCACCUUGCAGUCCUCCUCGGCCUCCUCCGCAUCCUCGGCCUCCUCGGCGGCGACGGCCCCAUCCCCGCGGGGCUGGAGCGAGUUCUGCGAGCUGCACGCGGUGGCCGCAGCCCGGGAGCUGGCCCGGCAGUACUGGCUUUUCGCCCGCGAGCACCCGCACCACGCGCCGCUGCGCGCCGAGCUUGUGUCGCUGCAGUUCACCGACCUCUUCCAGCGCUACUUCUGCCGCGAGGUGCGCGAGGGCCGGGCGCCUGGGCUGUCGGGCACCCGGGCUGCCGCCCCCGCGCGCGACUACCGUGAGACUGGCCGCGGGCCCCCGGCCAAGGCCGAGGCGUCCCCAGCCGAGCUGGGCCCCGCAGCCCCCGCCCCCGGCCUGCCCAAGGCCCGCAGCUCGGAGGAGCUGGCCCCGCCGCGGCCGGCCGCCGCCUGCUCCCUCCAGCACCUGCGCCACAGUCUCCGCCACAUCUUCCGCCACCGCUCGGCCGGGGAGCUGCCCGCGGCCCCCAGCGCGGCCGCAGGGGAGGCAGGUGAGGCCCCGGCCAGGCCCGGCCUGGCCAGGAAGCUCCUGCCCUGGAGCCUGGCCCGGGAGCCGCCACCCGAGGCCCUCAAGGAGGCGACGCUGCGGUACAGCCUGGCUGACGAGGCCUCCAUGGACAGCGGGGCGCGCUGGCAAAGGGGGCGGCUGGCGCUGCGGCGCGCUGGCCCCGACGGCGCGGACCGCCUGCUGGAGCUCUUCGACCCGCCCAAGAGUUCAAAGCCCAAGCUACAAGCAGCCUGCUCCAGCAUCCAGGAGAUUCGGCGAUGCACACGUCUUGAGAUGCCUGACAACCUCUACACCUUUGUGCUGAAGGUGAAGGAUCGGACAGACAUCAUCUUUGAUGUGGGAGAUGAGCAGCAGCUGAAUUCAUGGAUGGCUGAGCUCCGGGAGUGCGCAGGCCAAGGCAGACUCAGCACAGACCCAGAGAUGCAUAUUCCCUCAGCCUUAGAGCCCGGCACAUCUAACUCUCCAAGGGGAAGCACAGAUUCCUUGAACCAAGGUGCUUCUCCUGGGGGUUUGCUGGAUCCAGCCUGCCAGAAAACAGAUCACUUCCUGUCCUGCUACCCCUGGUUCCAUGGCCCCAUCUCCCGAGUGAAGGCAGCUCAGCUGGUUCAGCUGCAGGGUCCUGACGCUCACGGAGUGUUCCUGGUACGGCAGAGUGAGACUCGGCGUGGGGAGUACGUGCUCACGUUCAACUUCCAGGGCAUAGCCAAGCACCUGCGCCUGUCACUGACCGAGCGGGGCCAGUGCCGCGUGCAACACCUCCACUUCCCCUCGGUCGUGGACAUGCUCCACCACUUCCAGCGCUCACCCAUCCCACUCGAGUGCGGGGCUGCCUGUGACGUCCGGCUGUCCAGCUAUGUGGUAGUCGUCUCCCAGCCGCCAGGUGUGACCCUAAUGCCCCUUGAUAAAGGGGGUGGUGGCACUGGGAACCGAGACCUCGUGUUGUGUCCUUCCAACACUUGCCUCCACCCCGUUAAGACUGACAGUGUGGUCUCUCUCUUGGUCACUUGUCCCCCAGGUUCCUCCAACACUGUCCUGUUCCCUUUCUCCCUCUCUCGCUGGGAUUCAGAGCUGGGCCUUCCCCACCUUAGCGCUUCUGGCUGUCCACGGGGGCUCGGCCCAGAGGGUCUCCCAGGCCGGUCCUCACCCCCAGAGCAGAUCUUCCACCUGGUGCCUUCGCCUGAGGAACUGGCCAACAGCCUGCGGCACCUGGAGCCCGAGCCCACCAGUCGAGCCCGGGACUCGGACUAUGAAAUGGACUCCUCCUCUCGGAGCCACCUGCGGGCCAUAGACAAUCAGUACACGCCUCUCUGACAGGCCUCCCAGAGGCCCCCGAGGAGCACAAGCAAGCAGAGAUGUGAACUUCUGAAUGUAACUUUCUUUCCUUCCUUCCAGAGAGAGAUUUAAGGGACACUGUUAACUGUUCAUUCCAGUUUGGAUGUGACCCUUCAAUUAGGCCUGUUAAAGGGCCUCCUAGAAGUUCCAUUCUCACCUGGCUUUCUCCUUAUUGUUUACAGAUGUAGUUCUUGUUCGUGGAUGUCGCCAGCUCCUGCCCUGGGUCCCUAGGACCAGGCCCCAUCACUCUUAGAGGGGGCGGUGGGGUGAGGGCCAGAGUUGGCAGUGGAAACUUGUUCUCUUUUUCACUGACACUGUCCCAGCUGGCAGACUUUCUACUUGGGGAGGGGGGAGGGGGGCCCAUCAGGAAGCCCAAAACACUAACAAGCCCUGGAUUCUCCUGUGGUUUUUCCCGUUAUAGCUUCAGUCCACGUGGUGGGUCUGCUGUACCCAAGCCACAGGUGACAACACCUAUCCUGCUUCGACUCUCAACUUUAGGACAAAGUUCUGGCAGAUGGACAAGCUAAAGGUCAAAAAUGAUUUUAAACAUUUUUACCUCAGAUUAAUUUUUCAAAGGAUUCAGGUUUCAAAAUUAAACCACUGCUUAUUUCAUUGCACUGUUUGAACUAAUACCCACGUGAUUUUUGUAGUCAGAGACAGCUAUGCAAAUCCUACUUGACCAGUUCCUGGUUCGAGCCAGCAUGCCUGGCUUCCUUGUCUUUUGCAUCCUCAGGACAGUCACCUGUUGCUGAGGAGCCACUGUCCUUCCUAAAUGUAGAGAAGUGAAGUGUGUCACCCUUUCAGGGAAAUUCAGGCAAUUACUGAAAUAGGAGGGUGGCAAGGAACAAUACCACCCUGGUGCCUUAUGAAUAAAAAACUGGAUUCUGGUUUACAGCAGCUUUAUGGUGAGUUAAACUGAGGGGUAAGGGAGGGGCAAGCAAAAAGGAAAAAAGGGCUGCUGGGCCCUUUCUAGUAAAUCCUUCACCAACGGGGCUGGCUUAGAGCCUCCAAGUGUCUAAAGGCUUAUUAAAUUAUCCCACAAGGUUUUAGGCUCAUUCUUGAGCCAAAAUGGAAGCUAGGAAUCUGGUGCCACAGCUAAUGAGAAACUCCUUUAAUAGCCCACAAUCAGUGUUCUGUUCCAAUAGUAACCACUGCUUCAUCUGAUGAAGCAUGUGUGUGCAUGUAUACAUAGGCACACAUAACCUCUACCAUGCAGGGAGGUCCUGCAGUCAAAUCUCCAUCUGUACUUGCCUUUCACAAGUGAUACAAUUCAUAGGGGGCUGGCUCCUCCCAGAACUUUCAUGCAGAGGCUCAGAAACAAGGGAGGCAGUGACCGAGUGGAGUCAGCUGCUUCUGGGUGCGAGCAGAGCCGUUCAGUAUAGCCUCUGGGCUCAUCGAAGUGGCUUCUAGGAAACUGGGAGUUCAGCACAGCUUAACAUUUAUAGAUACAUAAGUCAAAAGCUAAAAUUAAAUCUUGGCCUAAACUAACUACUUGCCUGCCUUAUCUGGGGUGAGGCGUGUGUCUGUUCCCUCCAGCCAUUCUCUGUACUCCAAGAGGUCAGAGGUCAGACUUCGGGAGGGGCAGGGAGGCCAGGAGCCACCUCUCUUCCACUUUUAAAACCAACACUCCUGGGACUUCCCUGGUGGUCCAGUGGUAGGACUCCGUGCUUCCCCUGUAGGGGGGCGUGGGUUCCAUCCCUGGUUGGGGAACUGAGAUCCUGCAAGCUGUGUGGCAUGCCCCUCCCCCCACCUUAUAUAUACAGAUAAAACCAACAGUCCUGGGUGUUUUCACAGACGGUAAAGCAUAACCAACCCUGAUCUAGAGUUACGGUCUAUUUCUAAGGGCAACAUUUUCUACACAUCAAGCAGGUCUGAUUAAUGAAUGCUAAGCAAAGUGUAGACCAGGAGUUAAGCACUGUUUUGGAUUUCUCUUUUACAAGAGAAAGCUCAUCAUAGAAAGUCAAUGCUGACAAGUCACUGGUACAGAUUUUCCCCUGUCUGCACAGGAAAGGGGCCAAGCAGACAAUGAACCAAACAAGUAAGUUCCCUCCCUCCAACCAGAAGGGUAAACAAACAUCUGGGAUAUGAUAUCCACAAGCCAGGGGCACUCACUUCUUAACAGUCUCUCAACAUACAAUUCUCAGGUAGUGCCAAGAGGCAAGCCAGGCACAGCAAGCCAGCAGCUCUGACCGACUGGCUACAAAGUACAAGCUCAGAAUCUGUGACAGAGUCACCCACUUCCAGACUGCUUCAGUGUAAAAUGUUCACGAAAAACAUUUCUUUACUAAAUGUGUCUGAGUUACCAGGACAGCUCAAAUACAUUCCGACAAAAAGGCCCUCAUGGCCUGGGAAGAAGCGACACUAAGUCAAUGCCUUUUCUUUCUGCUAGAGCAGGUUGAGCUGGAGGAACGGGAGCAGUGGGUCCCUGGGCUUGAUGCCGUCACAGGCAGUGAGGCAGCAACCCUGACGGCUGCAGCCAGCCCACCGCAGUCAUAGCACAUUCCACCACCCUCUUUCCAGCCUCAAUGUGACCACUGCUGGCAGCAAGAGGCCAAGCCGGCAGCCUCUACUGAGAGCCAGACUCUGAGUGCCAGUUGGACAGUAAGUAUCACGAGCCCUCCAGUUGUCUCUAAUUACAGACAACAAGGAUAGCUUAACUGCUCCCAGCAUCACCACUUCCUUCGCCUGACUUCAAUGAACUUUUACAAACUAACAGUCACCAGCACCAAAGAAUUAAGUCAACUAACCUGCCUUGAAUUUUAGACCAGCAAUCCAUAUGGCUUUAUCUGGUAUAAAUCUUCUGCCUUUGAUCAUUUCUGGACCGUGUAGGAGAAAGGAAUAGCAAUCAUUAAAAUCUUAAACCAGAAAACACUAUUUUUACAUAACAGUUUCUUAACUUAAAAUCAAGGCCUUGAACCCUUCCCUGAGGGUUGCCUUAGAUUCCUUUAUGCUAUUAUUCAGGGCUAAGUCUGUUAUCACAAAUGUCAUGUGAGCGCUAACAUCUCCCACAGGCUAGAGGAACUUGAUAGUUUAUUAUCCACUGACUCUUAACAAGGACACAUCUGACAUCCAGUGUUUAGCGGAAUAAGCAGCACAUUGUAAUGACAACACAGAAAAUGGAUUCAUCUUGUAUCAUUAUAGGCAGAAGGUAUUUGGCAAAUUUUAAUGUAUUGUUUAUGUACUGUAUAAGUAACUUAUUCUUGAAGAAUGCAAAUUUUGCUAAAAUGUACAAAUUGCUACAUGUGAAUUAAAACAAAGUUUUCAGAAUCUUGAUUUGGUACCACAGUA